UGAGCCUCUAUCUUGUUUGCAUCACUCAAUAGGUGGAGCCUGUGUGGGCAGGGCUGGUGUGCAUUCCAUUCUGAAAUUAUGUCGACCAAAAGCUCGAAGAAAAGUUAUGAGCCAGGAGAAAGAAGGAAUCAUUCCACUGUUAGAGUAGGAGACAGCCUCUACAUGUGGGGAGGGUUCCGAACUGAUUUCCCUGAAGUUCACAAUAGCAACGAGAAAAGAAUGAAGUCCUCCGUUGUUGAGGUGUACCACUUACCUACUGGUAUGUGGGAGCAGAAACCAACGACUGGAAAUCCUCCAUUGGGCAUCCACGGUUAUGCAUCCGCUGCGAUUGGGAAUGAGAUAUUUUAUUUCGGAGGUGACUGUAAUCAUCAGGGCUGCUAUCACAACAGCUUGCAUAGUUUCAAUGUGAAAACUUUCAGAUGGAAAGAACUCUCUCCGACUACGUCUCAUCAUGGUCCUAUGAUGAAGAGAGAUGCUAGCAUGGUAGCAAUGCGAAUGUAUGGCGAGGACUACCUUGUUGUUAUUGGAGGCUGGGGACUGUCCUAUAACAAUACUCCAAAACAGCCUGAAGCAGAGUAUCGUGGAUUAGACCAAGUGCCUGAUCUACACCACUGCAACGAAAUUCAUUACUAUAAACUCUCAUCAGGCGAAUGGAUGUCACCAUUAGUUAAAGGUGACAGACCACCUCCAAUUAGUCACUUCACUCUAGCAUCACUUUCUACAGACAGUGCUAUAUUAUUUGGAGGUCUAAAUGUAACAGAAUGGAGCAACAGACUGUAUUUUAUCAAAUUUUCCAAAAAAUCAUUGGAUAUCUCAGAAAUAAUCCCCAAGAAACCAUCACAGUGGCCUCAAAAAAGAUAUGCUCAUUCUGGGGUACUCAUCAAUACCAUUGAUUUUCCUGAGCAUUUAGCCUUGCCAAAAGAGAAUUAUAAAUCAGGAUCAUAUCUACUUGUGGUAGGUGGAAUGAACUCGGAAGAUUGUUGGUUACUUGAUAUUAGCAAUGGGACAGCAAAACGAUUUUUUAAUCUACCAGGAGCUGUUACAGAUAGAUUUUAUCAUUCUCUCUCAGUGUGGGAGCUAAGCCCAGACACAUAUCAGAUAAUUGAAUUUGGUGGAGGAGGUCAAUCGAGUAAUACUGCAGUUUCUCAACUUAGACGCAUUAAUCACGAAUGGUUUUUUGAAGCAAAUCCAAUGCAACCAGAUCUUGAUCUGAGAGAGAAAAGAAAACGGAAAUGGUCAGAGAGACAAAGCGAGGAAACUUCACUACAUGUUAAGAAGCAGUCACUUGAGAGAGAACUGGAAGAAGAGAUAAGAAGGAGAGAGCAAACCACAAUCAGGUUAAGGAAAGAUCUGCAAGAGAGAGAAAAGCAGCUUAGAAUGACUGAGGAAAGUUUUCAGGAGGCUUUGCAUCUGGUAAAGGAUGAGAAGGAAUCAGCUCAAUUUGAAUACCUGAGGCCUCAGUUAGAUUUAUUAGAUGGGGAUGUUGUUAUAGCCGAAAAGAAUUUAUUCCUUCCAUUGGAUGAAACUAGUUCAUUCAGAUGGAAGAAGUAUGGAUUUAGAUUUCAAUGCCCACAAGGUGCUGUCUCCAAAGGCACCAAAAUGGCUAUUACUGCAUUAGUCGGUGGUAAUUUCAUUUUGCCUAAAGGUACUGUGCUAGUCAGUGCAGUGUAUGCAAUAUCAGUAUCUAAGCCACUUUUAAAGCCACUGGUAAUAGAGCUGCAGCAUUGUGUGGAUCUGAGAACAAAUGCUCAAGCUGAUUGUCUCAAGUUUGUCCGAGCUCCACUGAAGUCUCCUUAUGAAUUCAGUCCAAUUGAUGGAGGAUCUUUUAAUGUGGGCAGAAGAUAUGGAUCUAUCAAACGUGACCAGUUCAGUCUUGUUGCCAUUGUUGCUGAGAUGAGUAAUGAGGAAUCGGCAUCACCUAGUGGGAAUGGUGAGAGUGAAGAAAAUGAUGAUCAUGGAACAUCAAAUCAAGAUUUCAUUGAAGAAAUGGUCACAGAAACUGCAUCAAAUGAAGCAAUGGUUGGUCAUGCAGAGGCUAUAGCAGAAACACGUUUAAUCGGUGAUCAACCUACUUCUGCUUCUCAAACUGAAAGUUUAGUUCAAAUUGAGAGCAAUAAUUAUGUUAAUCGAAGUGACAUAUGGUACACUGGAAUGAUGUACCAUGAAAGAAGAGACACUGGCUAUCGGUGGAUAACUAUGUACACUGCUGUUAAGGAUUUAGAUGCUGUGCUACAGCAUAUAGAGAAUGAACACAGUAAUGCUGAAAGAGACGUUGUCAAUACGUUUAAGUUUAAUCAAGGUCCAAACGGUAUUAUAAAACUAACUUUGGGAACACUUAAUGAAGCAGGAUGGUCUGUUCAGCCUCAUCAAGAGCCAAUGGAAUUGCAUCAAUCUGUAAUGGACAACAUUCAGUCAUCACCAAUGGUAUCAACUCUUCGAUUAUCAGUUUAUGCUGUACCUGGUGUUGCCAAUAUGCCACUUCAUUGCCCCAUUGAUUUAACAGGGAUCAACCCUUCCACUACUAUUUUUAUCAAUAGGCUACCUUCUACUCGUAUAACAAUCAGUACUGGCUCAAGUUCAAUUAACUUUGAUUCUGUGAGAUCUAUUCCAGAAAGUAGACGAGAAAAGGCUUGUGAAGCAAUAACAAACUCUACUGGUAUCAUAAGAGAUGCACUUGAUUUAGGUACAUUAGCAAAUAAACUACUGGAGAAGAGAAUCAUAAAUGAAAGAGAACAAAGGGAAGUUCUAGAUGAUAGGACAGGAUUAACCACUGACCGAAGAAUGGACAAGUUACUUAGUUUUGUUAGAACAACCAUUAGAUUAGAUUCAGAUGGUAACACAUUUCUUUUGUUCAUUCAAAUAAUCACAGAAGAGGAUACCAUUAGAACUGAUAUGAUAGCUAAAAGACUAGUAGAAUAUUACAACAAUAAUUAAUUUGUGACUUCUUAAUUCAAUAAAAUUUUUAGCAAACUGGCAAUGUUAUAUUCCACAAGAAUUUUGCAGGUCUAUUGUUAUAGAUGAUGUCACCAUGUCACCGCCCUCUAGAUCUAGCUU